AUGAGCUCCUACGCUGAGAAGAAGAGAAAACUCCAGGAAGAAGAAGAAAAGGCAAAGGCUGUGGUGUCUGUAAUCGUGCAGUUCCAAACGGCUGAUGUACUACAAAGAGGUCCUCAGAUCGAUAUCCCAAGUAACUCUACACCUUCUCAGUUGGAGGAGUUACUAAAUGAACUCCUUGAGUCCGAAGAGACGGUUCCAUUCGCCUUUUACAUAGAUAAAUCUGAAAUAUCGAGUUCUGUAAAUGAAAGCUUGCGUGAACUGGGCAAGACGACGGAAGGGGUGGUAACAAUUGAAUACAGACCUCUGUCUGUCUACCGUGUGAAUCCCGUGACGCGUUGUACAGAUAGUAUUCCUGGCCACACAGAGGCGAUUUUGCACGUGUCCUUCAGUCCCGACGGGUUAGUUCUCGGCACGGGAGGUGGCGAUAUGACGGUUCGUUUCUGGGAUGUGAACACCUGCACCCCCAUCAAGACUUGCAUGGGUCACCGAAACCACGUCCUCUGCACCGCCUGGUCUCCGAACGGCAAGCUCUACGCGAGCGGCGAUAAGAGCGGGGAGGUGAUCGUGUGGCGCGCGGGAACCGGCGAAAUGGUCUGUCGUUUGAGCGGGCAUCGCCAGUGGGUCACCAGUCUGAGCUGGGAGCCGCUGCACCGCAACGCCAAGUGCGAGCGGCUGGCGUCCUCGUCGCGCGACGGCACGGUGGCGGUGUGGAACGUGCGGACGCGGCGUCGCGAAGCGGUGAUCGCGGGGCACUCGGACUCGAUCGAGUGCUGCAAAUGGGGCGGCGAAGGGCUGCUCUACACGGCGUCGCGCGACCGAACGGUGCGCGUCUGGGCGCUCGAAGGCGAGGCGGCGAAGCUGGUGCGGACGCUGGUGGGGCACGCGCACCGCGUGAACGCGCUGGCGCUGAGCACGGACGCGGUGCUGCGGAGCGGCGGGUUCGGCUGGGAGACGCGCGAGUUCGCGACGGAGGAAGCGAUGUUCCAAGCGGCGAAGGAGCGCUACGAAGAGGCCAGGAAGAACGGCCCCGAGCGGCUGUGCUCGUGCUCGGACGACUUCACGCUGUUUCUGUGGGAGCCGGCGAGCUCGAAGCAGCCGGUGGCGCGGCUGACGGGCCACCAGCAGCUGGUGAAUCAGAUGGCGUUCUCGCCGGAUGGCCGGUUCAUCGCGUCGGCUUCCUUCGAUAAAAAGGUGAAGGUGUGGGAUGGGGCCACGGGGAAGCUGCUCAACACGCUGCAUGGACAUGUGGGAGCGGUGUAUCAGAUCGCGUGGUCGCCGGAUUCGCGGUUUAUUGCGUCGGCGUCGAGGGAUUCCACCGUGAAGAUCUGGAAGCCGCUGGGGAAGAAGGCGCUGUACACGCUCUCGGGACAUCUGGACGAAGUGUAUGCGAUUGAUUGGAGUCCGUUUGGAACGAAAGUGGCUUCCGGAGGCAAGGAUCGGUUGGUGAAAAUCUGGAGUGCGUAG